CAUAACCUUUAGAAAAUACGCAUUCGUUUUUUGUUAGUAAAAAUAUUCGUAAAUAAUACAAUAAACUUGAAGAAAACAAUGAAGUAAAUAAUGUGACGAGUAAUAGUGAUAAUACGUAAUAAUAAAAUGUAUUCGAAGUGUUACCGGCAAAUGAUCCUUUGAUUAAGCCCUUAGCGUAAUCAAACGUAAUCGAUUUAUAAAUAAAGAGUUCCACAAGUGCAUUUAAGUCUUGUAAAUACAGGAAAUCUUAUACUUUUAAAUCAUACUAAAAAUAUGAAUAUGAUUAAUAACUACGAAAACGAACGUCGGGGAAGCAGAAGCCGAGCCUUGGAGAGGUCCUUAAGUUAUUCUGAAGCGAUCGGCAAUGGAUCUGGCAGAUCAUCAAUUGAAAUACCAAGAAUCGUCAACACAGAAGUAUACACUAAUGAAGAAAUAAAAAAACAUUACAGAAUAUCUCAAACGUACGUCGAAGGUAGAGAAAUCGCUUUUCCUUUUGUAAAUAAUGAUAACAAUGUGUAUCCCGGAGGUAAAGAUGAAUUAGGAUACACGCAAUAUUCGAGUGAAGAUGAACACACGGAUGAUGGUCUUGUGAUGACGAUAGAUGUUGAGACAGAAAGUCCGAAAAGUUCUGAAAAAAGGAAUAUUUCUGAUGCAUCCACUCAACCCCUCGUCAAUUCUGUUGUGUCGACUGAUAUUUACGAUACGAUCGAAAGUGCUAGCAUUUACAAUGAUACUGAUACACGAGCACCAUCCGCUCAUGGAUAUUCUACCCCGUACACCAAAAGACGCAAGAAAGGCAAGCGAUCUCGACGACAACACGGCAGACCAAUUAGAUCUAGAAGAGUAGUUUAUAAGACUGGAGAAGAGAAUGUACCGGUUAGAAGCAAUGUGCCCGCUAAGUCCCUUAAAUACAUGAGGGAUAUCGUAAACACCGUAAUCAACAGCAAAUGGCGUUGCAUAAUCUUAAUGAUGAUCUGCACUUAUUUCAUCUUUUGGUUCAUCUUCGCUGGUAUCUGGUAUGCGGUGGCAUCUUCUUAUCAAGAUGACAUAGGAGAUGGGAAGGAACACUGCGUUACAGGAACCUCUUCUUUCGCUGGUUUCCUUAUGAUGUCUGUGGAAACCCAGAUGACCAUCGGUUACGGUGUGAGAUAUCCAAAUGAAGAAUGUCCUGAAGCCAUCAUUGUUAUGGUUUUAGAGAUCGUAGCAGGAACAGCUCUAUCAGGGGGUCUAUCCAGUUUGCUGUUUACGAAGCUAGUGAGACCAAAUAAACAUGUGUCAUCUGUUGGUUUCAGCAAGAAAGCCACUGUGUGUCUCCGUGAUGGCGAGCUAUGCCUUCAGUUCAGGGUGUGGGAUCUACUGAACCUUCAUUUGAUUGGGGGUACUAUCACUGCGUACAUGUUGAAACCAAUCAGGACGUUAGAAGGUGAAACAGUACAAAACUACAUUCAUCAGCUCGAACUGAAGGAGGCGCGCGCUUUCCUGUUAUGGCCGAUCACUGUAGUUCAUGUGAUUGACGCGCAGAGUCCUCUCUACGACUUCACAGCUCAGGAUAUGAUGGACUACAGGUUUGAAAUAGUGGUAUGUCUGACGGGGUCAUCUAAAAAUAUGGGUACAAUGACGCAGAGUAGGACGUCGUAUCUCUCGAAGGAAAUCAUUUGGGGAUACAGAUUCAAGAAUGUUUUGAAGUACUCCAAAAAAGAUGAAGCAUAUAUCAUCGAUGUGGACAACCUGAACACCGUCGAACAAGUGGAAACGCCGCUAUGCAGCGCUAGUCGCUUGAAAGAAUUCGAGGAAAACAUAAAAUCAUCUCAACAGUUGCUAUCAACACCCACUGUCACGUCUCUAUCUCCUACCAACUUAUCUCUUAGUCAGGAAGAUUCAUCAAAUCUCUCUCCAGCUCCUGAAUCCUUACCUUCCUCGCCUUCUUUUAGCAGAACGGGUACGCAAAGAAGUUUUGGAUGGCAUUUUAGAAAAUUCCGACCAGAGAAUUAUAUGCAGGAUCACGGAGUACAUAUUAUAACUUCAGCGAAAGCGGUUGAAUUAUAAACAGGAUAAAAGUUGUAUUA